ACAGGCUUGGGGUCCGGUAUACAUUCAAAGCCGACCAAGAAAUAGCAUAAAAAGGGCCAUUGGCCGUGCCCAGCAUGUCACAAGUAAUAGGCAAGACACGCCUCGCCUACGCCCGCUCCUGGCACCUCCUCGACAUCGGCUCCGACCCGCGCGCCCUCGGCCGCGUCGCCUCCGCCAUCGCGCUGGCACUGAUGGGCAAGCACAAGCCGAUCUUCGACCCAUCGACCGACUGCGGCGACUACGUAGUAGCCAUCGACUGCGCAAACCUGCACGUGACGGGCAAGAAGCGGUUCCAGAAGCUGUACCGCACGCACACGACGCGGCCGGGCAGUCUGAAGGAGAUCAGCAUGGACCGCAUGAUGGCGAAGUGGGGCGGCGGCGAGGUGCUGCGCAAGGCGGUUAGUGGCAUGUUGCCUAAGAAUCGGCUGCGGAAGGAGAGGCUGGCUAGGCUGAAGACGUUUGAGGGGAGGAGUCAUCCGUAUGGGGAGAAUAUACUGAGUGUGGGUGUUGGUGGGGGGCAGAGUAUCGUUGAGCAUGUUGAUGUUAGGAGGACGUUGGAGGGGUUGAAGGAGGGUGGGGAGGCGCCGGUUUCGUGACGGGAUGGAGAGGGGAGUGGAUGAUGGCGAGGCCUACGAAUGUGGGGAGUUUGUAAAGCUUGUGUACAUUUACGCAUGGAGAGCAUUAUCGGGACAUGGAGUUUCAGCGCAUCGGCUGCUUCGUUGCGCCAUAUCAGCAAUGCAUGUUUGAACGACACAUGGAGCAUGGUCGAUGGAGAUAUACAGAGAGAAGCAGACAUCUGGAUUCAAGUUCCGAAUUCGAGCAUGUUCGCAGUAUACCAACACAAAUACCAUCACGCACAGAAAGGCACUUCAACACGAGAAACCAUUUCGAAAGAUGCUAGCAUUCUACUAUUACAAGCGAUGCGGACAACCACAGCUAGACCAAUCCUCCAAAAAACACCUUGGGCAUGACGACGUAAUUCGUCCCAACCCUAGACCCUAGCGGUGCCGAAAAGACAGAACAAUCUUGUACGUGUGAAC